CACAGCACCCAUCGACCCAGAAAUCUAGAGUGAGAGAGAAAGAGAAAGAGAAAGAGAAAGGGUGGGUCAAAUUUUAGAGAGAGAAAUAGAGAGCGUGAUUGCGAUCUCUAGAAAACGUGUAUUCACAAUUAUUUACGUGUCAUUUAAAUUACCCUCUUUUUCUCUAAAAAUUCUCCACCUUUUAAUAGUUUUGUUGUUUUAGAUCACUUUUUGUUGUUUUGCCCAGAAGGUGUUUGUAUAAAUUCCUCACUGAAACAAAGAGGAGAAGAAAAACAAGCAAACAAGUUCCUGGGUUAGGCAGGAGCAUCAAGAAAAGUAAAAUAUUUAAGGGUUUUAGAUUUAAGAUUAAAAAUUUUUGAUUUUCGUUUCUGGGUUGAUUUAAUUUUUUGAAAAAUGGGUAAAUCUGGGUUGAUGAAGGUGGUUUUGUUCAGCAUAUUUUUGUUGGGUUCUUUGCUCAUAUUUGUUUCAGCAAAUGAGGAGACUUUGAAAGAAGUUGCUUCUGCUGAGAUUGAAAUUGAAGAAAUUCAUGUUAAUUUUCUUAGAAAGGCGGUUAAUUUCCUAUGGCAAAGUGGUCAAAACACUUAUGAACAUGUUUGGCCGGACAUGGAAUUUGAUUGGAAAAUUGUAGUGGGGUCAUUGAUUGGAUUCUUUGGAGCUUCAUUUGGGAGUGUUGGAGGAGUUGGUGGGGGUGGUAUCUUUGUUCCCAUGCUUACUUUGAUUAUUGGAUUUGAUUCCAAAUCUUCAACCGCCAUUUCAAAGUGUAUGAUUAUGGGAGCAGCAAUUUCAACUGUUUACUAUAACCUUAAACAAAGGCAUCCAACUAUGGAGAUGCCUGUUAUUGAUUAUGAUCUUGCACUUCUCUUCCAACCAGUGUUGGUUCUUGGGAUCAGUAUUGGAGUUGCCUUUAAUGUUAUUUUUGCUGACUGGAUGAUCACUGUUUUGCUCAUCAUUCUCUUUUUAUUUACAUCUACAAAGGCAUUCCUCAAGGGUGUUGAUGCUUGGAAGAAAGAAACUAUCAUGAAAAAGGAGGCUGCUCAACGUUUGGUGUCAAACGGUGAUAAUGGUGAUUACAAACCUCUUGCAGCUGUUCCCAACAAAAGAGAAGAGGUAUCCAUCAGAGAAAAUGUACACUGGCCAUCAGUGGCCAUAUUGUUUGCCGUUUGGUUUGCGAUUUUAGGACUUGAAAUUGCCCAGAAGAACACCUCUACUUGCUCCCCUGCAUAUUGGGUAACCAAUCUAUUGCAGAUUCCUGUGGCACUUGGAGCAUCAGGCUAUGAGGCAUAUUUGUUGUACACGGGAAAGAGAGUGAUUGCUUCAAGAGGCGAUGCAAUCGGUGCUUGGAAAGUGCACCAGUUGAUUCUCUGCCUCUUUACUGGAGUGGUUGCUGGAAUGGUUGGAGGACUUCUUGGUCUUGGUGGAGGAUUUAUUUUAGGCCCUUUGUUUCUAGAGUUGGGCAUCCCUCCUCAGGUUUCAAGUGCUACAGCUACCUUUGCCAUGAUGUUCUCUUCAUCAAUGUCCGUUAUAGAAUACUACCUUCUUAAACGAUUCCCAGUGCCAUAUGCUGCCUACUUUGUUGCUGUUGCUACGUUUGCUGCCUUAUUCGGGCAGAUUCUUGUGAGGAAAUUGAUUGCUGUUAUUGGAAGAGCCUCUCUCAUCAUCUUUAUCUUGGCAUUCACUAUUUUUGUCAGUGCAAUUUCACUUGGUGGUGUAGGCAUUUCAAACAUGAUAACCAUGAUUCAAAAUAACGAGUACAUGGGAUUCGACAGCUUGUGCGCAUAUGAUCCAUAGUGAAGCAAAAUUAUGAAUUUUUGAAUUGUUUUUGUGCAAGUAAAAGCUCUACAAGGAAGCGAGUGGUGAAAAAAUCAUUAGUAUGCUGUUAAGAAUAGUACCUCCUCUUGCUGUCAGAGCGAAAGUGAGUUCAGAGUGUUUGGUGUAAUUUUUUAGCUCCUCCAAAUGUUUGUCGUUAGGUUUUUAGCAAAAUUUUUGUGCUCAAGUCAAAUGCACUUGUACUCCUCAGCUUAUUGAUUCAAUAAAUUUACAGCAGAAGCUAGCUUUAGCUGUCAUUUAUACCUA